UAAAUAACGUGGAAAUUUUUGCUAGGAGGCACAACAAAUACUCUGCUAAAGGGGUACGACCAAUGUGCUCCCAUUGAACCCAAUUAUCUUGCCAUUUCUCAAAAGUGCACGGUUGGAGUCGAUUAGGCAUUUUGUAGGCAUAAAAGUCGAUCGCCAACUAAUCACCGCAUUGGUGGAGAGAUGGAGAAAGGAGACAUAUUGUUUCAACUUUCGCAAAGGAGAGUGCACCAUCAUGCUAAAGGACGUCGCCAUUCUAAUCCAUCUGCCCAUAGACGCCAAAGCAGUGUGUGUGAGUGAUCAUCCCCCCAAGGAUCGUGACGGUAUGACCGGUUGACAGCAUUUCAUCCACAGUGUUUUGGGGGUGAAAGUACCAAUCAAGGAGAGGGUUGAUGCGACGGAUCGCUUGCCACCAUUGAGUAAACACCAAGUAUCAAUCACUUGGUUGACGAAGUAUUUUAGGGACCAUCACGAACAUCUCGGCUUUGGAAAGAUUGUUGGACCUAAAGAAUUCGAGCAUGGCAUCUACAUCAUCCUGAGUGGUUAUGAGAUAUGCCAUGUGCCACAACGACCCGCCUUCUCUGUUUGGAUAUCGGUACACCAUACGAUCAACUCUUCUCAUGCCAUCCAUGCAAGUAACGUCAGUACGAAUUUGAUGGAGGUCUUCAAGCAUCGGUUUGGUAGCAACCUUUAUUUUCUAAAAAUUGCCACCGACGUAGGUGACCCCCUUUCCGGUCUCUUCCGUGUAACCAUUCCACCGUAACCCAAGCGUGAACUUUUGGAAUGCCAUUUGCAAAAAAACCGUAGUUCAGUUAAUAUCAUCAAAAUCACAAUAAAAAGUAAUACAAAAUAAACUUACGAGUUAACGUUAACCGCAAAAACACUAAAGAAUUAGAGAGCUACAACAGAAAUUGAAAAGGGAGAAGGAGAGGUGUGAAGAGAAGAGGUUUCCCGAGGCUGUCUUUUAUAGGCAAAAUCAUCAAUGAAAACCGCAUGGGGAGGGUGCGGUUUUCAUCUGCCAUGCAGCCCCACGUCUGUCAACCUGCAUGGCAACAUGUUUGAUGUCGGGAAAAUGGGGCCGACACACAAACCGCAUGAGGGGGGGUGCGGUUUGUGUUACAAAACCGCACCUAUGCCAUGCGGUUUUGUUAGGUCAGACACGAAAUCGCAUGGCCAAGAUGCGGUUUUGGCCCAGAACCAUAAACCGCACCUUGGAAGUGCGGUUUAUAAGUGAAACGCACCUUGAGGGUGCGGUUUAUUUAUAAAACGCACAUUGGAGGUGCGGUUUCAAAAAAAGGGUGAUAUUAUUGUAAUUUGUAUGGGCUGGGUAUUUUUUUGUAAUUUUUUUUAAAAGGUGCUAUUUCUAGAAAAAUCCCCAAGACCAUUCGCGAUUGUUUAAUUUUCUUGUGGGCCUCGACGAUGCAUUUUCGGCUGUUCGAACUCAAGUGCUGGCGAUGAAGCCCAUCCCUACUCUCUCGGAAGCCUUUAAUAUCGCUCUCAAUGAGGAGCAGCAACGGCUCAUCUCUCAAAAUCACAAGUCGAUCAGCGAGGCGGUGGCGUUUGCAGCUUGCGGGGAUGGAGACCGGAAUCCACGUAACUCUAGGGACAAGGAGCGACCCAAAUGUACGCAUUUUCAGAAGGGUCAUUUAUGUGAAACAUGUUGGGAGCUCAUCGGCUAUCCCCACGUGAUAUAGCAUAUUUGCUCGGAGACUGUGACUCGCAACAAUGUCGUCGUCCGCGUUCUGUUCCUGAAAAUGCCGCGCACAAUCGCAACCCCGAAGCGGCUAAAGUCGAGCAAGAGAAAGGGAAAAGUCCUAUUGUUGGUUUCAUUGUUGCCCAUCUCGAGCAACUCAAGCAGUUCUUUGGUUAUCCGGUUGAUGGAGAUGACGUACCUACUAUGAACUCGGCAUGUAUGAUUUCUUUUGACACUAAAUGGUUGCUCGACUCCGUUUGUAAUGAGCAAAUCACGAUGAAUGAGACUUUGUUAUAUGAUAAAGUAGUGAUCGAACAUGGUCAUCCGGUUAAAAUUCCUAAUGGGGCGAGUAUUCAUGUUCGUCAAAUGGACUAGGGGUGGGCAUCCUGUUUGUUAAAAUUGAUCCAAAUCGGAUCGAACCAAAUUGAAACCAAACCAAAACUGGAAUAAUGUUAUUCGGUUAGGAAAUCAAAAAGGAUAAACAAUUAUUUCGGAAACCAGGGUAGUCACAACUGAACCGACACUUCUAAACCCAAAACCAAAAAAUCAAAAUUAUGUUAUCCAAUACUAUUCGGGUCGUUUGCUUCAUGAAUUUGAAAAAUGAACGUUUUGGUAAAAC